GAUACUUUUUCAUUACUCUUUAUAUAUUAUUGGCACUCGACUCUCAUCGUUUAUUCAUCCCUAGGGUUUCUUUCUAUAGGGAUUUGGAACGAGUAUGAUAUCAGAGUGACGGACCCAUUCUUGGUUAUUUAUUGGCAACCAACGCACAGUCAUGCAGAUCAUCGUUUGGUUUGCAACUUUUCUUCCCUGUGUCGCCUAUUUUGUUUGUUUUCGUUGCCUUCACUCAAAUCUAGCAAAUUUCGCGGUUUGUGGUGCUCUUGGCUUCUCGAUUGGGGCGUUCGUCUUAUGGAUCUAUUCAGUUUAUUUGGCGGCCCGAUAUCUCAGCGAGCGUGAGACACGGGAUGCCGAACGCGUGAAGAAUAUUAUAUCCAAUUCCACUAAUUUAGAAAAGGUUAAGCCAACAACAGGAAAUGAAAACGCAAAAGUUCGUCACAUCAUGGGAAGCUCAAACGACCUCUCGAUACUUGAGGAGGAGGAGAAGUACACGAAUAGGGGUACAAGGCAACACGAAGGUGGCACUGUAAAGCAUAGAAGGGCUUCAGAGGAUCCCCAAAAUACGGGGAUUUGGUUUUACCAUAACGGUAAGAAGUACGUGGGUCCGCGCACCACUACGCGGCUAUCACCAACGAUUCCUGCGUUUUUGAGUUUGCUAUUCAUCUUGGGCGCCGCUUUGAAUGUGUUAACUUUGGUGUUGGCUGUGCUCUUUGAAAUUCGAAAUGAAUCACGUCUCGAAUUUGCGGAAAGGGCAAAGUAG